AUGGCACACACCCCUUGCCUUCGCAAAACCAGCACAACAUAUCCCCUCGCAAAUACUAUCCACCCCACCUCAAUCAAACAGCCCAGAAGUACACCACACGCGCGAUCAAAACUCCAAAACACCACACAAAGUAACCCCAACCCCCUCCCGCCACUCUCCCUCCAGCUCCAGCUCCAGCUCCAGCUCCCACCCAUCACGGUAACCCGCGCCGCGCCACCCACAGCCCGCGUAAACCCAAAGCCCUACUCACAAGGGAAGGGAGGCCCGCCUUCCGACCCACAAACUUUCACACGACACGCAUGUGUCUACGGUACAAAGGAACUUGGGUACCGUAGCGGGGUUGCCGCCGGUGCCGGAUGA